AUGGUUCCCGUGCUGAAGGUGACGUAUGAUCGAGUGGCCAGAGAAGCCAAGCCGAAGAGAAAGAAGAAGGCCAAGUCUAAGUCCCCAAAAAAGAGCAAAGUCUCCGAGGAGGAAGAUGACGAGGAGGAGGACGCAGAGGAGGCUGAUGACGAGUAUGCUCCGAACUGCUUUCAGAUCCUCGGCGUAGAUGUGCUGCUGGACAAAAGCCUUCAGCCCUGGCUGCUGGAGGUCAAUGCGAGACCUUCUAUGGAAAUUUCGAACCCAGUUCGUCUAAAGGAUGCGCCGCCAGGUUCAAGGCGCUGUGUUUGCAGAGAUAUGGAUGGCGAGGACCAUUGCCAUGUACAAAGUGAAGUGGACGUGCGAGUGAAGCGUUUAGCUGUGGAGGGCGCGUUUCGCCUAGCAGCCGCAGACGGCGAGCUCGCAGUGCCACCGGAAGGCUUCAUGAGGAUGGACUUUGACCGCUACAGUCCCUCAGAAGCCCAAGAGACUUUGCAGGCGGUUGCAAGGAUUUUUCAAGAGGCUGGUGGUGCCAAGAAGGCAUUUACCACCUCAGGGCUGCGCCGUGCACUGACGAAUGCCGUCAAUGCUGGUCUCGCAGCACAUGAACUCGACACCUUGGUGACCAAGUGGAAGCACCAGGGAUACAGGCAAGACAUCCACUCCGAAGACGACAACGCCGAAAUCGGUGUGUUGGACUUCGCGGCACUGUUGCAGGAGGUCGCCCUUGUCCGGUCCGGAAAGGAGGAGGAUCCCUUAGAUGCUCUCGCUUCUUUGAUUGAGCUCUGUGAUCCUGAGCACCGAAGGCUCCGCCAGUUCCUCGUCGCGGCCGCGCAAGCAGCUCGAGACGGACCCUUCCUGCAACCGCCCGGACUGAGGCUGCCGCUGUCCGUGCUUCGAGCUGCAGGGGACGCCGGCAUGUGGAAUUCGGAAGCCUUCUCGAUGCUUGCACCGAUGGUCACCGUGCUCAUCCUGGGCCCAGCAGUGAAGACCCGGCCUCCGCACCAUCUGCGCGACUGGGUGCCGCGGCUUCCUCGGCCCGGCUUCGUCCGAAGUGCCUGGCGGCCCCAGGAGCUCGCAGAGGCGGCCUUCCUCUUUGCGAAAAGCAGUCUGCCGCUGGAAGGGAACGUGGCUGCGGCACUUUCGCUCACUCUGCUCGUGCAUGUGUCGGUCCUGAAGGAAGCCCUGCUCGCAGGAGAAAGCCAGCACCGCCCAACGCUGGAGGAGGUCGAUCGGCGUGUCCUUUGUUUUGCUGAGCAUUCCGUGGAGAUUUUGCGACGCACGGCCCGGGAGCCCUUCUUCGAGCCCUGGCGGCCCCCAAAGAAGGGCCCAGGCUUCGAGCCGACUCCCUCCGUCGAGCGCUUCGAGCCGGAGCUGCUAUCGAAAGCGUUCCCUGCUGAAGCCUCGCUGUCGAUGGCGGCCUCUCAGCCUUCGGAGCCUCUGCUAAGUCAUGAUCCUCAGAGUCCUCAGAAUUCUGAGGCCUUGUCAGCAUCCCAUGGGCCCUCCGGGGGUUCCCGCUGGCGCACAGCUCGCGGUGUCAUGAUGAUGGUGAAGGUGAAGAACCAUGCCAUCCGAUGGAGCCGAGACACGAAGUAUAUGCGAAGCUUGAAAGACGAAGCUCAGAAGAAGGCAUACAUCACCAACAUCAUCAUAGUCAUCACGGUGCUGGGGGUGCUCAUGUCAAUGACGAAGUCAUGCCUCUUUCACAUGGAGGCCGUUGGACGAUGGGAUCAUGGGCACCCUUACAAGUUCUCGUAUGCGCUCAGCUUGACCAUGACCGUCUUCCUUCUGAAGGUCCUUCUCUUCCCCAUCAAGACCUGCUUGAAGCCGAAGGCCGCCAGGGAAGAGGAGGAGGACGACGACGAUGACGACGAGCAGACGCCGAAGACGAUCUUGGAUCACCUCAUGCCAUGGGUCCUGCUGGUGGCACGGCAUGCAAUGGUCGUGCGUGAGUCCUGCGUGGAAUACGGGGCUUCAAGAAAAAAGAUGUUGAUGGCAACCUUGUCAAGCCUGGGACUGCUGUACGGAGUCGUGUUCAAAAGCUCCAAGGCAGUUUUCAUGGCCAUCAUGUCCGUCAUUAUCUUAGGGCGCAGGCUGAAUGCUCCGCAGUGGUGUUCCCUUCUGGUCAUCUCCUCUGCUCUGCUGCUCUCAACAGUGGCCGAAGGUAAGGGCGGAAAGAAGAAAGGGGAGCAGGAGCUCAAUCUGGAAGGUCCCAUGCUCUUGCUGCUGUCUGAACUCUGCCACGCGAUGAUGCUAAUCUUCCAGGAGAUUGCUGUUCGCCGAUAUUGGCCUAACCCAGUCAGCUUGCUCAGCUGGUCUGCGACCUUUGGGGUCUUCCUCACGGCUUGUUCCAUGUACAAGUCCCGCAGCAUCUUCGUGGAUCUUCCAGACGGAGGGCGCCGUCCCUUCGAUGAUCCCUACGACGUGCUAUACAUGAUGUCUACCAGCCCUGCGCUCGCCUUUUGCCUCAUCCUCAACGUCUCAUCGCAUUUGACUUCAGACGUGGCCCACAUCAUGAUCCUGAAGCACAUCUCUGCGCUGGCGCGAACGUUGUGCGACACGCUCAAGAUGAUCCUCAUGUGGCUGCUGGGAAAGUGCUUUUGGUUUCUGGCGAUUCUCCCACCUUUGGCCGAGCCAUGGCACCCUGGCCUUUUGGGCUCCUGGCUAAUGAUCCCAGCAAUCGGAGCUGUUGUUUACGGCAUGCUCAUGUUCAAGAACGCUGUUUAUGUGCCUUUGAUUUAUGCCAAAGACGAGGAUGGUGUGUGGCGCAUUCAGGAGGUGCGGGAGGAGCUCACCGAAGAGGACGCAGCAGAGGUUGAAGAAGUCGUCGCCAACAUGGAUGAUCCCUUCUUCAUGGAAGCAUUCCGCUCGCAGAAACUGAAGAAGAGGAAUCGACGCCUCCUCAACAAGCUGAAGGCUAAGAACCUGAUGUCCAAGCUGAGGGGCGCAGCCAACAAGCUGAGAACCCUGAGCGGCUCAGCAUGA